AUGGAGUCUUACGACGGUAGCCUCCAGCACCAGAAUCAGCGCUGGAAACAGAUGAGAGCAGUGUUUGAAGAAGCAUCGGUGUCUCAGAACACAACAGACACUGAUCACACUGUGAAGGGUGUGCAGGACCCGGCCCUCACUGAAACUCUGCUCAGACAGAACCAUGAGCUGAAGCAGGAGUUAGAGAGGGAACAGCAGAGACACCAGGCCUCCCAAGAGGAGCUCCUCGCACAGAUCCAGAAACUCAAAGAGGAAGUAGAGAGAGAUCCAGGGGAGAUCUUGGCCUUCAAAGCUCGUCACCAAGCCCAAUGUGAGCACUGGAUGGAGCAAAUGAAGAAUAAGCACGAGAAAGAGCUUGAAGCCAAAGACAAAGUAAUCUUGAGUCUUGAAAAUAAGGCGGCCAAUGCUUUCCAUGAGCAGGUGGAGGAGGCCAGGAAAGCUGUGGAGGAAAAUGGACGUGAUCUGAUGGAAGCACACAUCGUCCUCCAAGAAAUGCUGGGGACCGCUCUGAGGAACCAGGUCUCAGCUCUUCAACAGGAGCUGCAGCAGGAGAAGGAGUCACUCGACAGUCAGGUGGCCCAACUCCAGUCACGUCUGAGUGAAAAAGACCAGGCCAUAGUCACAGCACAGAGACAAGUGGAGCAACUACAGACAUUGACGCAGACUCUGUCAACUACAGUGUCCGCCCUCACAUCUGCCCUGGACCGGAGGAAGUGUCUCACCAGUGAAGCUGAGAGAAAACUGCAGGAGAAGGAGAGAGAGACACACGAGCUGAAGACUGAAGUGUCCGGUCUAAGAUCAGCCCUGGACCAGCAGGAGCAGGCCACCGCAGAGGCUCAGACCUCCCAGACUGGUCUGCUGCAGCAGGUAAAGGAGCUCAAACAGGAGCUCGAAGGUGAACGAGAACAGAUAAGAGCCUUUAAAGCACGUCACCAAGCUCAGUGCGAAUACUGGAUGGAGCAGGUCCAGAAGGAUCACAGAAAGAAGCUGGAGGCCAAGGACACUGAGAUUGAAGAUCUGAAAAGGCAAAAGGCGGCUGCUUUUACUGCACAAGUGAAGGACGCCAGAAAGGCUGCGCGUGAGGAGAUACAAAGCCUUAAGGAAUCCAGGGGAAAACUUAAACAAAUGGUGAUUAAUAGAGAUAAACGAGCCCAGCAUCUCCUAGAUUCAAUCACACAGAGGUCUGCACAAGUGCAAUCUCUGAAAGAUGAGUUGACUGCACUCAACCAGGCCCAGCAAACGAAGAAGGAGGAGACCGAGGCCUUGUGGACUGAGGUGUCCAAACUGCUGAGAAACAAUACAACUACACAAACACCUGCCUGCAACAAAGAGCUCCUGGAAAUCCUCAAAGAGAAACUACAGCUAGAAGAAAAGAGGAGGAGGAGGAGUUGGUGGUGUUUCUAA